AUGGUUCCAUCACUUUGUGUCAAUGGUUGUGGUUUCUAUGGUUCUUCUUCAAACAAGAACCUCUGUUCAAAGUGUUACAAUGAUUAUCUCAAAGAAAAUAUUAAGAAGUCAAAUGAUGAGACCUUUGUUUUUGAAUCAACAUCAUCUUCUUCUUCAAUGACCCCUAAUAUUGAUAGUAUUUGUAAGGGUAUGGCAGCGACUUCUCUUACCGACGAUCAAAGCAUUAAGACAAAGAAAAAUAGGUGCAAGAGUUGCAACAAAAAAAUGGGACUAUUAGGAUUUAAUUGUCGCUGUGGAAAUGUAUUUUGUAAAAUGCAUAGAUAUCCUGAAGAACAUUCGUGCAAGGUGGAUUUAAAAGAGAUUGGUCGUCAAAUCUUAGAUAAACAAAAUCCUUUAUGCGUGAAUGAUAAGUUAAAAUACCGAAUCUAA